AAAGCUCACUCAUCUCCCAGAUUUUUUCUACUGUUUUUAUAAUUCUUUUGUCUCACAAAUUUGUUUUUAGCAUCAGAAUGGUAGAACUUUUGUUGCAUUGCACAUGUUAGUAACAGUUUUUGUGAUUAUGGAUUGAAUGUUGUGUAAGCUAUAAAAUCUCCCAAUUCAUGUUUACAAAAUUAACUCCAUCUAUAUGUGUUUGUGUUUAUUUAUUUAUUUUUUUGGAAGAAAUCAUUGUGAAAUUUUCUCUGUUUUUUAUUUAGUAAAUUUACAAAUAAUUGAAUCAUCAUUUCUUUCCAGAGGCAUAAGUUUAAUCUUGUCACUAAAUGUUUACACAGAAGAAAUUUUGAUGUUGUUUAUGCAAAGAUCUUUAUGAAGCAAAUUUAGGGGUUUCAUUUUCAACAUAUUUUUAGGUUUUUAUUUUGAUUUUUUUAUGUUGUUUAUUAAGGUAAUUGAUUAGAGGAAACUAGAAAAGCAAAGUGGGAAAUGGAUAAUAUCACAGCUAGUGAAAUAGCUGGAUUUGGAGUUGGUACUCUUUUGCUCUGUGCCACCAUUGCUGCCCCAAAAGUGGAUGCCCUAAUCUCAGCUUCUCAAAGGAGCUCUCUUGGUAUGUGUAGAAAAUGCGGUGACCUUAGAAUGAUAGCAUGCUCAAAAUGCAAAGGAAUUGGCUUAAUUAGGAAAGGAGGUUUCAGUGUGAGCUUCAUCAAUGAUUUCUUCGAUUCACUUGGAGAUUCAAACAGGACAAUGCCAUCAAUUCCAUGCAUCAGCUGCCAAUCCAAAGGACGAAUUCAAUGUCCUAAUUGCUCCUCUUCCAUUCAACUUAAAUGAACAUAUCAUACUCUUUUUCUGCAUAUUGUUAUGUAAAAAUCAUCGUCAAAUGCAUGUAUCGUACUCUUUUCCGCUUAUCUAAAAAAUCCAUGUUUACAAUUGUGAAAAAUUUGAGAAAUAAUUCUUUAAGAUGAGCAAUGACAGCAAAGUUGAGGACUUGAAAUGCA